UAAAAUGACUUCUUCUGUUACCGUAGGUAGGCUACAGCAGAGAUGGUUGCUACACACAGAACUCUGCCUAAUCCUAAUUGUGUAUUAUUGUGAACUGUGCCAGACAUUUUCUUCUGGGACUUGACUGUGGGAAAAAAAACGAGUGAAGGGAACAUUCCCGCUUCAUUAUUACCACUUUAAGAUUUCUAUACCGUGUGGUUAAUUUUAUUUUGUGUACGUGUAGUGACCGAGACGAUUUGGGUGUCAGCAUAGUGUCUACAAAAUUAUGGAUCUCUCUCUGUCAAUACAAGAGUUUCUUUGUGUUUUGGCACUUGCCAUUUUCAGCAUUUAAGAAUGUGUUCUUGACAUGGUUAUAAAAAGUCAGUUAAUAUUUUUUUCAUUCAAUCUUAGAAGAGCGAAAAACACAAGUGUAACUGAAAAAAAAAUCUUCAAAAGAAUCAUUACGUUUUGUACUGUCACUAAACAUCAAAAAUCCAGUCCUGGAACUUAUUUUUUUUAAAAAAAUGAAGUAGAAAAAAUAAGUGAUGUGGUUGGUGCCUAAUCUCUUGUAAACUCAUUGCUUAUUAAUUGCAGGAAUCCUGGUAAGAUAGCAAGCUGUCAUCUUAUUAGUUGAUUAUUUUUUUCCCCACUGAACUACAUUUCCUCCCUUUACUAGUUAGUGUAUGUAGGGCCACUGUAUUUAUUUUUUUAACUAAACGCAAUGUAGUGUGUCUUGUAACACACAGCAGGCAAAGCAGUAUAUAAUACUAUCCAAAUACUUGCCGUGACAAGGAAAUUGUGUAAGCUCCCUCUUUGAAGUAGCUCGCUUGUGAAGGUUUCUUCAUCAAAAGGAGAUUUUGUGCAGAAUGCAAGAUAAGACGAGACUUCAUUUUGCAACACCAUGUGAUCUAAUACUGUAAACGAGGUAAGUGCUAGACAUUCAGAUAGUUUCAUUGUAUAGUUGCUCAGUUACUCAACAUCACACAAUUCGCAUUAUAUUCAUGGUUCUUUAUUAUAAUAGUGAAUGCACUAUGUAGCACAGCAGCAAGAAUCUAAAGAUAUUACUUAGGCAGUUUACUUCAUGGUUUAUUUUUUCAAUUAAAUUAUUUGCUUGAGAUUGCUGUGCUCCUCUAUUUAAAAAUGCCAUUCAAUUUACUGUAGGUGGUUUACAAUGUUACAUUUUUAAAGUGGCAAACUUCCUUUACAAAUAUUGUCAAUACAAGAUUUCAGAGUGGCCUUUAUAACUUCCUUCCAAUCACAGUGUCUCCUAUAGCCUUAGACAUGGGAUUAUGUGGCUUUCCAUAUUCCUAGCAACUGGAAAGACAUGAGGGGCAAUCUCUAAACAAGACAGCCUCAAGAAAGUAUACAAUAAUGUUUUACUUCAUUGAAAAAUACUGCAAUCAAUACAAUAUUAUGAAGUUUGAGUUAAUUUUACUAAAGAAAAUUGGAUUAAGACAUACUGGCCCUGAAUAUCAAAGCUUUUCUGACCGUCGGGGAGGGCUUUUGUAGCAGGGUUUUAACUUUCAGACUGAAAUGAGAGUUCCAACACUUUAAAGGUAAAAGCCCUGUGUCUCUUGGCAACAAAGCUUUGCAGUUUCCAUUAGUCAGCAUUGGAGAUACAAAACAAACAAACAUAUUUUGCUUGUUAGUGUUCUAAUUGAUUAACCGCAUAUCAUUUCUCAAGUCCGGACAAGCCCAAGUGCUAGCCUAACUUCUACAUAAUUAAUUUACAGUACAUUAUCGUCUGUUUAAUCUGACUAACAAAUUAAGUAUUGUAAGAACUUCCAAGUCAAACCAUUUUGCACAUGCUGUAGGUAUACAAGUAGUAUCAGUAGAUUUUUCUGUAAGUAUAGGCAUAUACAAUACAGUCCUUGUCCUAGUUUUAGAAUUUGUUGGCACAGUGAAUUUGAUUUUCAACUUCUGUGCUGAUUUGGAAUGUAGAACCCUCCAAAUUCUAUAUAUUUUUUAUUGCUUUCCCCUGGAUGUAAUCGAAUUUGAGUUUAAAUAUAUUUUUUAUUUAUAAUAUUUUUACCCCAACAUUUUGUAAGACCAUUUGAGAAAAAGAAAAUACCGUUUGUGCUACACAUCAUGCAAUAUUUAUAAGACAAAACAAAUCUAUUUCUUUUAAUUAUUUUCAGGGCCAAUGUUUUGUAGAUUGAACAAAUUUUUUGCUAAGUAUAGAUGUGGCAUUUGCUCUUUGAUUCUGUUUCCUCACUGAAGAUGUUUAGUGCACUAAACAUCAAACAGCAGCAGAUGUGAACUAGCUCCAGCCAGCUUAACAAGAUCAGAGGUUGUAUUCAGGCCAGUCCAAUAAUCAAUUGUAUUAAUUAUAAGAUGGAUGUUUACAUCAAUGCACUAUAAUACUGUACAUGUGAAUGGAAAAACUAGGUUUAGAGAAAUAUUACUUUAUUUACUGUUAAUUUGCUAUGGAAAAUACACCUGAUCCAGCCCUGUUUCAUUUCCAGUACGAUUUAUCUAGUAGCAGUACAGUGCUCACUUUCUCAUUAUUUAUACAACAAUUAUUUAUCACACCCCUUGGUUACAAAUUUUUUUACAUUUAGAUCUGGUCAAAUUAAAUCUGCAUUUUUUCAUCAUGAUACUUUAAAGUUAUUUUGUUAUUGAUGUGUACAGGUACAAUGCAUACAAUUAUUUUAUAUUUUAAACCAUUGUCUACCUUUUUUUAACAUACAAUAUACUGUAAAUGAUAAUUUGGCACAUUAUAGAUGUUUACAGUUUAAAGGUUCCUUUAAAAUGUACUUGUUUCCUUAUUUUAUUAGAGGUAUACCUUGUAGAUUUUGUAGCUAUUUUUGGAGUAAUUGGAUUAGGCUGUUAAUCGAGGAGGAGUCAAAAGUAGCCAUCUGAUUUGUUUUCCCAGCACUGUCACGUAUACCAUGCAGCUUUACACACUUUUGGCAGCCUUACUUUUUUAUAGGCAAACAAGAAUUCACACUACAUCUCACAGCGUUACAUUAAGCUUGUGUUUUGAACAAAAUGCCAGCUGCUAAUGUGAUAAAUUGAAUUCUAGGAUCUUGUUAUCAUCUCUGUUAGUUAUUACCCAAAAGGAUCAGGGAGGAUAAAUGUGAAUUAAGUAGGACAAGGAGGCAGGCGCAGUGGCUGUAAAUAUCUUUGACGCUAUUCUUUUACUGUGACUUUGUUGGAUUGCAAUGGGUCUAUAAUAUUCUCUCGGGGUGUUUUUGAAGUCAAGAGGACAUCAGGCUUUUGUUGUUCUGUAUUUGUCUACUGUUCUUUUCAUUAGCUGCAGUAACUGUACCUUCAAAGAAGAUGCAGAUGACUAUAAGUCAUUCCUUUGUUUGGGUAACAGGUACUGCCAUGGCAGCAGGUGUUUCUUUACAGAAUGAAAUAACUUACUCACCAGUAGUAGUAAAUAGUUGGGGAUAUAAUCCAGAAAUGGAAUCAGCUGUUACAAGAAGACCAACUGCAAAAUAUACAAAAGUUGGAGAGAGACUGCGACAUGUCAUCCCAGGUCACAUGCAGUGUUCAAUGGCGUGUGGAGGCCGUGCCUGCAAGUAUGAAAAUCCAUCGAGAUGGAGUGACGAGGAACAAGCGAUCAAAGGACUCUAUUCUUCAUGGAUUACAGAUAAUUUACUGGCAAUGGCACGGCCUUCAACUGAAAUUAUUGAAAAGUACAACAUAAUUAAACAGUUUCAAAGGUAUGAUGUAAAGACCAUAAUUAAUCUGCAGCGCCCUGGAGAGCAUGCAAGCUGUGGGAACGCACUGGAACAAGAGAGUGGCUUCACCUACCGGCCAGAGAUAUUUAUGGAUGCUGGAAUUUACUUUUAUAAUUUUGGAUGGAAGGACUAUGGUGUGGCUUCACUUACUACUAUCCUUGAUAUGGUAAAAGUCAUGUCAUUUGCAAUGCAAGAGGGGAAAAUGGCAAUUCAUUGUCAUGCAGGACUUGGAAGAACAGGGGUUUUGUUAGCCUGUUAUUUAGUCUUUGCAGUAAGAAUGACUGCAGACCAAGCCAUUCUGUUUGUAAGGGCUAAAAGACCCAAUUCAAUUCAGACCCGAGGUCAGCUGUUGUGUGUACGGGAGUUUGCCCAGUUUUUGAUUCCACUAAGAAAUGUUUUUGCCUGUGCUGAACCCAAAGCAAAUGCUGUAACUCUGUCUCAGUAUUUGAUCCGCCAGCGUCACCUUUUGCAUGGCUACGAGGCCCGACAGCUGAAAAACGUGCCAAAAAUUGUUCAACUCAUUUGCAAGUUACUGCUGGACAUUGCUGAGAACAGACAAGUUAUAGAAGAAGAGGUUUUAGAGAUUCCAGACCUUUCAGCAGAGAUAGAGAAAACAGUCUCGCAGCUGGCUAUCCUGCAGCUGGACAAAGAAUUACAUGGAAAGGGUGUUGAGGUAUCCAAAAUGCCCAAAGCAGAAUUUGUACCUAGUGACUCUGUACUUCCCAGUGAAAAUGAAUUUGGUCCUCUUUGGAAAAGACGUAAUGCUGAAUGUCUCCAGCCAUUAUCUUAUCUGAAAAAGCGCCUUAGUUACAGUGACUCUGAUCUGAGGAGGGCAGAAUUCCUUCUGGAGCACAGGGGUCCGCCUCUGACCAUGCCUGCAGGGAUGCUGUGCCCCAACUCCCUCAGUAAACAAUGUUUGUCUCAGAACAACUUGCAAUCUUGUAUAGUAACAGAGCCAUCAAAACCAAACUUUUCCACUCUCUUUGAAACGUUGCAAUCAGGCAACAGCAAACAAGAUCCUUUUUGUUUAACAACAUCAAGUGUUUGGGACCAGAAAAAAGUAAUUAGCACAGUGGAACAAAAUGGAUCUCCACUUUUCCAAAGGAGAAAACAUCCAAAAGAAGUGCAGCGCAGCAGAACGUUCUCUCUCGGGUCCUCAUCUGUUAAAACUAGCAACCAGCCGGAGGGACCUCGAAAAAAUACCAAGAGUGAGGCACAGUUUGACAGUGGAGGUGCCAAACAGAAAGAAUCUUCUGUUAAUGGCAAAAGUGCUUGUGUGUUACAGGGUAACAACAGCUCACAAUCCCCAUUAACAGAAGCUCCCACAUCUUCAAAAACUGUCUUUCAUAUUGGAGAAGAAGAUACUGAUAGUUCAGAGGAGAUCCCAUUUAUUACUUUACAGUCUGAGCUAACUCUUGAAUCCAGAAGGGUGUUGGUAGCACAAGCACUUGCAGUUGACUUGGACUGUGAUGGGGAUGCAGAACUCAUAGAAAAAGUUGAAAGUUGGCAGAGGGAACUUAAUUCGAGAGAAGGAGCCUGGGACAGAAUAUGCACAGAAAGAGAUCCCUUUGUACUGUCUGGCCUUAUAUGGUCCUGGCUGGAGCAACUGAAGGAGCCAGUCAUAACCAAAGAAGAUAUUCAAAUUUUAGCACAAAAAUGUGAUAAUCCGGAUGAGGCCAUUUACACACUGGAAAAGGGACCACAGCAAACCAUUGUUUCUGUUGUAGACUGUGUAGCACAUUUACAUUCGAUACCAGAGGAUGUGGAGGAGGCUUUUCUUGCACGUAUUACAAAAGCUUUUACCAAGAUUACAUUUGCUGCGGCUGACGGACCAAUGGUAUACAGCACCCUAAAAGCUAUUUUAAGGCCAGUCCUGCAUGAGAAGAGAAGAAGAGCCAUAGAAGAGUCAGAAAACUCCUGCUAUUGUUUAUAUUGUCCCUAAGACUCCUGGGCUUGUCUGUAUUUAAUAUGUUGGUGGUCACAGGUUUGGAAAUGGAACGAAUACAGAUAACAAGGCGAAUUAUAAUCCCAGCAGAUGGAAUCAGUGCUUUGCUGCUAUUUGGUGAUUUGCUUGUAUUUUAUUUUGUUGUAAAAAAUAAGACGAGAUGUGUCUUCACAUCUGAACUAAUCGUUGUUGUUUUUAAAAACAUUUUUUUUAAUAUAAACUGCCAUAUUGACAAGUGCCAUGUUGCAAUGCUUAAAGGUGUUUGUUUAUUUUUGAAUAUACUGUAUUUUAGUGUUUACAGUAAUUUUGGUACAUUCUGUUCAUUGUUGAAAUGUAAUAUUUUUAUUAUUUAGAUGUAUUUAAUAAUCAAUUUUUUGGUGUGUUGUCUGUGUGUUAAAUAUUUGGCAAAUGGGAUUAAUGGAAUUGCAACAGCGAAAAGUUGAUUUGAUAAAAAAAAACAAAAAACAAUUUCAUUAACCUUUUCACACUGGAUAUGCAACUAAGAAAGCUAAUUAUUUUUACCAACCUUUUAAUUUAUUUUUCGCAUAUUGGUACACAUUUUAAACAGGUCAUCAUUCGUAGAAACAUUUCAAUUGACCGGCAUAGUCUUGAAAAUAAGCUAUUCAAAUCUAUUUUAGCAACAUUCAACAUUAGUAAAUGAUGCAAUGUACUGUACUUCUCAGCUGUAUAGAUUGCAAAUAAAUGUAAGUUAUCCCACAUUAUACUUAAGUAUUCAGGAAAUGGCAGGGUUCUAAGUACAUGAUAUAUAUGGCUUUGGGUCUAUUAUAUAUAUAGAUAUAGAUAUGUAGAUAUAGAUAGAUAGGUUGAUUUUGAUUACAUUUCCCUUACUAAUUUAUGGAGUUUGGAAUAAUUUGGAUUCUGGAUGUUUUUGGGUUCUGUUGAAUAGAAUGAGGAAGUCUGUUCAGUCUUGGCACCUAGGAUUCAUCAGACAAGCUGAAAUCAAGUUCAAAGCCAGAUAAAGCAGAUUUAUAGUAGAGAAAGAAACAUAAUAACACAGAACCAAGGACCACUCAAAAUGAUUGCAAAAACCAUCGUAUAUAUAUUCUGGUUAUUAAAAUAUUUGUCGUAGAUAUGGAUGAAGAAUUCUAGACCUUUGAUUGUCAAGUAUUCCAACCUUUUAACCUCAAUUUCUCUGUAAUGAGAAACACAAAUCGAUUCAGCGAUUUUUAUGCAGUUACACUUCUUACUAGCAACUAAUAGGUUUGUACAGUAUUGCCAAGCCUGAAUAUAUAGUACUAGACUACUGAAAACAAGAUCAAACAUGUCAGCAGUUGCUGGUACUGUAUUUCUUUGAUUAAGGUUAGUACAGCACUUAAUGUAAGUCUAGUAUAGAGUUUCAUAUAUAUAUAUAUAUAUAUAUAUAUAUAUAUAUAUAUAUAUAUAUAUAUAUAUGUUGCUUUUUAAAUGUGUGAGCUAUGGGACGACCAUUGAUUCUUCUGACUUUUACAGUAGUUUUAUAUAUCCUUUGGGGGAAAUAUACACUGUUAAAAAGUCUGCUUAAUUGUAUUGUAAAACUAUAAUUUAAGGUCAGUAUUUACUCUGUAAAAAUAAAACUGUGCCUGGAGAUUGCAGUUGAGGAACACAUCCUCAGCUGCUUCUGGUGAUAUGUUUGUUUGUUCAUAUAUUAAAUAUUAAUAUUUAAAUAUUGGAAAAAACUGGCUUGUGAAAGUAUGUUCUGUUAGCUAUUUGAAACACACACAAAUAUAAUAACAAAAACAAAAUUGUUUAUGCUGUAGUUUAUCUCAAUCCCAUAUUCACUCUAUUUAUUGAGAUAAUUUUAUUUUCCAAAUUCCAAAAUGAAUUAGACCAAAAUAUCUGACUUCCGCCCAUAGUGAGUAUCACAAUUAUAUGACAAUGUAUGAUGAAACAUAUUGUAAAAACAAUCCAAAUUGUUUUUACACAAGUAUUUGUAAUGCAGUAGUUGCUAGGAUAAAUAACAAACACAUUAUUGUUAUGUGAGUUACACAGUCAACAAGUAGGUUCUAGAAUUCUGAAACAGGCUUCUAGAAUGUACCAGAUUAUUUAUUCAAGUCAG